CAGAGAGAGCGGUGCAUCUGGAAGAGAGCUGGCCGGCUGGGGAGGUGGAGGACGGGGAGAGAAGAGGAAGGAGGCUCCGGGAGAAGCGAGACAAAAAGGGUCAGGCCUGGGACUUGGGAGAAUCGGGAGAGAGGAGGGAUCAUCUCUCAUUCUUUUUUUCUGUUCCUUUGAGUUGAUCUAACCUCAUCUACACCUCCAUCAUCAUACAUUACCCAUAAGACCCCUCAACCAUGCCGUCCAACACUGUCACCAACCCAAACACCACUGCAUUCAAAGGCUCAGACUACACCGACUCUCCAGGAAACAGAACGGGUGAAAGCACAAUCCUGGACAUGGACCUGAUGACUGAGGAGAAACCACCUAAAAGCAGUGCCUCAUUUAAAGUUAGCAAGCCUGGAAGAAAGCGCAAACAUUUCCCGGUGGAGAGCUGUGGCUCUCUCAGAGGCAGCCUGAGUGUGGGGAACAGCUUUGCAGGGCUGGGUAGGCCGUCCAUGGCACAGGUCCACAAUGGAGAUGUGGGCGGGCACAGGGACAGGACAUCUGAAGACUGCUUCCCCAAACAGGAGAAGAGGGAAGUGGAGAACGGAAUCCCCAGAGAGCCUUCCUCCUGCCGGGCAGCAGACAGCUCCACGGGUCAGAGCCUGAUCCUGAGCCCACCCCAGGAGAACGGAUUCCUGCCCAGCUGGGACGAGCAGGACGCCGAGAAAGACAAGGACGACUGUCUGACGCCACCACCACGCAAGAAAAGAGGGAGGCGGAAACUGGAGCGUCCAACAAAAUAUGUGGAGCACAAGGAGGAGGAUGGGGCAGAUGCAGUCAAGACCGAGGGAGGUCGAGGCAGGCUGCGAGGGGGAGUUGGUUGGGAGAUCAGCCUUCGUCAGAGGCCCAUGCCCAGAAUAACCUUCCAGGCUGGUGACCCUUAUUACAUUAACAAGCGGACCAGAGAGGAGUGGCUGGCCAAAUGGAAGAUGGAGGCAGAGAAAAAGGCCAAACUGAUGUCAGCCAUGAAUGCAAUGAAGGAUCAUGAGGAGGAGAAUGAAAUAGAAACUCAGAAAGAAGUCCCAAUACUCAAGCACCCAUCGCCUUCACGGCCGCCGCCGCCGCUGCCGCCGCAGCAGCCGAAGCCUCAGAUGCACACUCUUUCACAGCCUCAGUCUCAGCCUCAGUAUCAACAGCAAUCACAGCCGUCGCUGCCAGUGGUACAAAAAGAGCUGCAGCAAAAACAGCAGCAGCUUCAGCAUCAACCUCCUCCUCCUCCUCCUCCUCAGCAGCAGCCAACUGACCCCGCAUCCCCCACAAUAGCCACGACGCCUGAACCCGUUGCCAUUGCAGGAGGAGACAAGACUUCCCCCAAGUCUGCAGACGCCGAGCUCGAGUAUGAGGACGGUCGUGGUUUUGGCAUCGGUGAGCUGGUCUGGGGAAAGCUGCGAGGGUACUCGUGGUGGCCAGGCCGCAUUGUAUCCUGGUGGAUUACGGGACGGAGCAGAGCUGCUGAGGGAACCAGAUGGGUCAUGUGGUUUGGAGAAGAUAAAUUCUCAGUGAUCUGUGUAGAGAAACUUAUGCCUUUAAGUUCCUUUAAUAAUGCCUUUCACCAACCAACUUACAACAAGCAACCCACUUACAAGAAAGCUAUCUACGAAGUGCUACAGGCGGCUAGCAGUCGGGCAGGCAAAGCCUUCAUGGCCUGUCCUGACACUGAUGACACAGAAACCUCCAAAUCAGUGGAAAUGCUGAUCAAAGAGAUGAUUGACUGGGCGAUGACGGGAUUUCUGCCCACCGGACCCAAGGCCUUGGAGCCACCAGAGGAGGAGCGUAAUCCAUACAAACAGGUUUACCCUGAGAUGUGGGCGGAGCCUGAAGCAGCAGCGUAUACGCCUCCUCCAGCCAAAAAACCUCGCAAAAGCACAGCAGAGAAACCCAAGGUCAAGGACAUCGUAGACGAGAGGACACGAGAGCGACUGGUUCUUGAAGUGAGACAAAAAUGCCGCAGCCUGGAGGACAUCUGUAUCUCCUGUGGAAGUCUGAAUGUCAGCCUGGAGCACCCGCUGUUUGCUGGAGGAAUGUGCCAGAGCUGUAAGAACUGCUUCUUAGAAUGUGCGUAUCAAUAUGACGACGAUGGUUACCAGUCCUACUGCACGAUCUGCUGUGGAGGACGAGAGGUGCUCAUGUGUGGAAACAACAACUGCUGUCGGUGUUUCUGUGUAGAGUGUGUUGACCUCCUUGUUGGUCAGGGUGCGGCCCACGCUGCCAUCAAAGAGGACCCCUGGAACUGCUACAUGUGUGGUCCUACAAAUGUCUACGGUCUGUUACUGCGGCGCUCUGACUGGCCCAGCCGGCUCCAGCACUUCUUUGCCAACAAUCAUGACCAGGACUUUGAUCCUCCUAAGCUUUACCCCCCCGUCAUGGCAGAGAAGAGGAAGCCCAUCCGUGUCCUGUCACUAUUCGACGGCAUCGCAACAGGGUUAUUGGUGCUCAAAGAACUCGGCAUCCAGGUGGAUCGCUACGUGGCCUCUGAGGUGUGUGAAGACUCCAUCACUGUGGGAAUCGUCCGGCAUCAGGGUCGCAUCAUGUAUGUUGGCGAUGUGAGGAAUGUCACACGUAAAAACAUACAGGACUGGGGCCCCUUUGACCUAGUUAUUGGUGGAAGUCCAUGCAAUGACCUCUCAAUAGUCAACCCUGCAAGGAAAGGUCUAUAUGAGGGCACUGGUCGCCUAUUCUUUGAGUUUUACCGGCUGCUUCACGAGGCCCGACCAAAAGAGGGGGACGACCGGCCUUUCUUCUGGCUCUUUGAAAAUGUGGUUGCUAUGGGCGUCAGCGAUAAGAGGGACAUAUCUCGCUUCUUAGAGAGUAACCCAGUGAUGAUCGAUGCCAAGGAGGUCUCUGCUGCCCACCGCGCUCGCUAUUUCUGGGGUAACCUUCCUGGCAUGAACAGGUUGGUGUGUGAAUGGCCUUUGACUGCUACGUCCAUCGACAAGCUGGGCCUUCAGGACUGUUUAGAGCACGGCAGAACGGCAAAGUUUGAUAAAGUGAGGACCAUCACCACACGGUCUAACUCCAUUAAACAGGGUAAGGACCAGCACUUCCCGGUCUUCAUGAAUGAAAAGGAGGACAUCCUGUGGUGCACUGAGAUGGAGAGGGUCUUCGGUUUCCCAGUCCACUACACAGACGUGUCAAACAUGAGCCGACUGGCGAGGCAGAGGCUCCUGGGUCGGUCGUGGAGCGUCCCGGUGAUCCGCCACCUGUUUGCACCACUCAAAGAUUACUUUGCCUGUGUUUGAGCAACGGGGGAACAUCACUGGGAACCAUUUAGGAACUCCAACUGAAAUAAGAGCCUUGAUCCUCAGAUUAUACUCUGGGUAUAACUUGUAAGAGAAACAUUGACGUAGAUUUCACAUGAUUUCUUGUAUUUGAAUUGUAAUUCUUAUUCUAUUUAAUUUUGAUAUGUCAUUUACCUUUUAGCAGUGUUAUCAAGUAUUGUUGAUUUGUUUGUGCAAGCUAUACUUGAGACUGUGCUUUCUUCUCAAGACACUGAGUCAGGAAAAGUGCUAAACUUGGAAAAGAGCAGAGCGGUAGGAAGAGUUGGGAAUUCUGUGAAAUGUUUCUGCUGUGAGCUUCCAGCUCCUGAGCCUCACAGGUGAAGAGGAAGGAGGUUUUUCCUCAGUGUCAGAAGAGCUGCUAAGUCUCUAAGAAUCCAAAAGCCCAGAUCACAUAUACCUCUUUGUUUACAGUUUCUAUACACACCUGAAGGUAAUAAUGGUACUACUGUAAAAUGGUGACAAUACCAUGGUGCUUCUAGAUGAUUCCAAACAUCAAAACCCAUGUGGCCCUGCAGCUUCAGACAGUACUGAACUUUUAACUGUUGCUGGAAUCACUUUUUAGUACACUUCUAUAGGAACUGAGCGCAGGAAGUCUCUUCUCUGCCUUUAAACAGCUUUUCUACACAUUUUACUGGUGCUCACUGACCCUCAGCCUCGCUGCAUUUGGGCACAAAUAAGACGAGCCACAUGGGAUCUGAUGUUUUCUGUCAUUUAAACUUUAGAUCAAUGUCUGUGAAACGACUUUUUUUCUAGUUUCAUCCUGACCAAUGACAUUACUGUACAACUGUUAGAGCGAGGAGGGAGGGAGGAGGUGGACCAGGCUCCUCAGCUUCCUCCUCUGCAGACUGUAAAAAACUGUCAGGUGCAAAUCUUCAACAAUAUGGUGCGGCUUCACAAAGUUCUUCUACCUUUUUAUAGCAAUUUUGUGCUGUUUUAUCAACAUUAUUAAGCACUUUUAUAUGUAUUCUUUCUUUUUCUGGUAUUUUUUAAAAAGAUUGUUUCUUGUGAAUUGUUUUCUGGUUUGGUUUUAUGAUGUGAAAUGAUCUACCCUGGUGUAAUACUUUUGUAUACAGUAGGGCUGUGCCAAUAGAAGUGAAAGAAUGGAUUUGAUAUGUGAAACCAUGUUAAUGUACCGUAGAUGGAUUUGGACUCCCCAGUCCCUGUUCCCUUCUCCAUCAUCCUCAUUAUUCUGUUAGCAGAAACUCAAAGAAUGUCUAUUUCUAAGUGGAUUGUAUAAUUUCAAAAAAAUGUAGGGUCUAAGAAACCCUAAACCUAACCCCUCAAAGUGUCAGACACAGUAAAGGACUAGAUAAACCCCAAAACCAACCCCUCAAAGUGUCAGACACAGUAAAGGACUAGAUAAACCCCAAACCUAACCCUUCAAAGUGUCAGACACAGUAAAGGACUAGAUAAACCCCAAAACCAACCCCUCAAAGUGUCAGAAACAGUAAAGGACUAGAUAAACCCCAAACCUAACCCUGUAAAGUGUCAGACAUAUUAAAGAACUAAAUAAAACCCAAACCCAACCCUAUAAAGUGUCAGACACAGUAAAGGGCUAGAUAAACCCCAAACCUAACCCUGUAAAGUGUGAGACACAAUAAAGGACUAGAUAAACCCCAAACCUAACUCAAUAAAGUGUCAGACACAGUAAAGGACUAGAUGAACCCCAAACCCAACCCCUCAAAGUGUCAGACACAUUAAAGGACUAGAUAAACCCCAAACCCAACCCCUCAAAGUGUCAGACACAGUAAAGGACUAGAUAAACCUCAAACCUAACCCUGUAAAGUGUCAGACACCUUAAAGGACUAAAUAAAACCCAAACCUAACCCCAUAAAGUGUCAGACACAGUGAAGGACUAGAUAAACCCCAAACCUAUCUCUGGUAAGUGUCAGACACAGUAAAGGACUAGAUAAACCCCAAACCUAACCCUGUAAAGUGUCAGACACCUUAAAGGACUAAAUAAAACCCAAACCUAACCCCAUAAAGUGUCAGACACAGUAAAGGACUAGAUCAACUCCAAACCUAACCCUGUAAAGUGUCAGACACAGUAAAGGACUAGAUGAACCCCAAACCUAACCCUGUAAAGUGUCAGACAUAUUAAAGGACUAGAUAAACCCCAAACCUAACCCUGUAAAGUGUCAGACACAGUAAAGGACUAGAUGAACCCCAAACCUAACCCUGUAAAGUGUCAGACACAGUAAAGGACUAGAUGAACCCCAAACCUAACCCUUCAAAGUGUCAGACACAGUAAAGGACUAGAUGAACCCCAAACUUAACCCUGUAAAGUGUCAGACACAGUAAAGGACUAGAUGAACCCCAAACCUAACCCUGUAAAGUGUCAGACACAGUAAAGGACUAGAUGAACCCCAAACCUAACCCUGUAAAGUGUCAGACACAGUAAAGGACUAGAUGAACCCCAAACCCAACCCCUCAAAGUGUCAGACACAGUAAAGGACUAGAUAAACCCCAAACCAAACCCUGUAAAGUGUCAGACACAGUAAAGGACUAGAUAAAGCCCAAACCUAACCCUGUAAAGUGUCAGACACAGUGAAGGACUAGAUAAACCCCAAACCAAACCCCAUAAAGUGUCAGACACAGUAAAGGACUAGAUAAACCCCAAACCUAACCCUGUAAAGUGUCAGACACAGUAAAGGACUAGAUAAAGCCCAAACCUAACCCUGUAAAGUGUCAGACACAGUAAAGGACUAGGUAAACCCCAAACCUAACCCUGUGAAGGACAUAUCCCUGAACACAGACCAUUUUUGACCAUUUAAACCUGAAACAGUCAUCAUGUUGACUCGUUUAAGUGCUGAUCCAAACGUGAACUCACUAAAUUCUCUUGAUUGUAACCUUAAAGCUAAAACUGGAGGAUUUAGGCCGCGGUUUGUCAAAACGAAAAACUGACAGUGUAUGACAAAGACGUCUAAAAAUAGAUGUGUAUAUCAUAUUUAAGAUUGAACAUGUGAAAUUUAAUUUCUGAAGUGACCUUAUUUUUGUCCAGGGCCCAGUAUGAGCUCUGGUGUUAUCUUUGAAGCAGAUGUUAGCGCCCCCUUCCUUCUGUAAUACUGAACUUCCCCUCAUGUCUGUACAGUUUGUACAUAGAGUUUUCUGGUCGCUGUUUCAUCUUUUUUAUUUUUUAUUACGUAUGAGAUGUACAAAUAUAAUUCUUUGCUAAUAUAUAUCAUCAAAUUAGGACAAAUUUUAGCUUCAAAUGAGAAAAUCAAGUGACAAAUUUGAUUCUAAACUUGCUCUGAGCAUUAGAUGUAGGGAGACUCCAAGUCGACUUUAUCUGUUUGUGUCAAGUGAAUCCAGAUUUAAUGUUAUGUGAUCUUCAUAGUGGCCUAUGGACAGCUUUAAGAUGAACUUCACUGCACAGCCCUACAUGGUGGUGUUUGGUUCUUUCUUUUGUUUCCUUUAAAGAGGGAUCGUCGGUGUUUCCAAUGGUGCUAAACCUUUUCUCUAAUCUACAAACGUUUAUUUGAUUGGAAGACUGAUUUUAAGUUCCUCUGUCAUAAGAAGACCUUUUAUUUCACUCAUAUAAAUAUAUUAACAAAGGCAUUUUAACUUUGUACUUGAAAAAAUAAGAAUAAUGAAAGGUUUCCUAUAUUGUUUUAGACUAGAGAUUGCUGUAGUUGGUGCUUAUCUGUGGGAAAAUCGUGAGAAAAAAAACGGUAAGAACUUUUACUGUAGCAUAAUGUAUGCUUAAUGGCUUCUUAACCCUACAUUCCAUGCCGUAAUAUUCUCCAUGUCUGUUUCAGAAUGUUGUUUUCAAUCCAUGAAUUCUUUAUGUGAAACAACAUCUGGGUUUUACUGUUCAACACAGGUCAAUGAUCCUAGAUUUGGUGGAAGUGUUGGCUCUCUGUCAGACUUUCUUUAAGGCCUGUAUGCUUUUCCUCAGACCAGUUCAAACAGCGGAUGUAGCAGUCAUUCUCCACUCAGACCCCCAUACUUCUGUUUUAGUGUCCAGAGAGAAGAUAAAGGCUCCGUAUGUACUUGUGCUGGAGAACACUUGAAUAAAUGUAUU